AUGUCUGGAACCGCUUCAAGUCGGUCGACAAUGUCUGUCAUUCUGCACUCCUCAGGGCCACAGGCAAAUUUCAAGAAAGGCCCCCACUGGUACCAUGAAAGCCCGUUCUUGCCAUACUGUUGGGAGGACCGUCAAGAGCCCGGAGCCCCUUCCCUGAAGCACACGGCCAGGCAAAAGGCACUCGAAGACCAGUCGGAAUUGAGACUGGAAAUGUUUGAAAAUAUCCCUGGCCUAUUGCGCUGGAGCUAUGGGAGUACUUGGGUCAUUGGUAAGCUCUUGCUCAAGCCACAAAUCUGCUUUAAACCCAAAGCUAAUUGCAGCUCCAGCAAGAAGCAAACAUUAUUUAUGUGGAAGAUCCUGGCCGCAUGUUAUCCCCGCGAAUUUCACACUGUCAGCUCAUACUACUGUCUAUGGACCAAUCGACCAAUGGAGCCCUUGAAGGGAUAUGUCGAUAUCAUGAGCAGUGCAAAUUGUGAUUGGCGUGCGGUUCUCUCUCUUUCAUCCGGUUAUGCAACGGCGGAAGACCUCCUCGCAAUCGGCAAUAUGAAAAAUCUGGUGGCUCUAGAAAUUUCCAGGACUCCAUGGAAACUACACAAAUACGCCCCAGAUAUCACACCUCGAGCCGCGAACGAAUUGGAGAACGGCGUCAUUCGCACCUGGGUUGAUUUGGCAGAGUCAACCGGAUCACUGCAGCAUUUACGUGUCUUACGUCUUUAUCACCAGGGUAUGAUAAAGCCCGCGGCACUGCAUCUUUUAUCAAAACUUCCAAAUCUGCAACUCAUCAUUGUCUACCAAUGCGAGUAUUUUACUGAGGGCUUUCGUUGCGAAAAGAGACCAUACACAGGCAAAAUUGAGAUGGAAGGAUGGAAUGCUCUCCGGCUUGAUUGGGCUUUGAAGGAUGCCACCGAGGAUGGGCAAGCUCUACAGCAUUUGGGUCCGUUUAGUGCCGAAGAUUCACCCAGCCCUCCUACCCUAGGGGCUGAUGUGCCGAUUAUGGAAUUUGGCCUACCGGCAAUGGAUCAUAGCGACACGAUGAAGAUCGAGGUUCGUGCACAGUACUCGGCAAAAUCAAUUGGAAUCCUCACCCGGGUGCCCAAUUCGACCAGAAAGCGACAAUUGCCGUUGCCAGCGGAGUCAAAAAAGAAUGGGAAAAGGGCCAUGAAAGACAGAGGUGCUAGAGACAUGACGGAUUUGCUGAAAGACUUCCUCUGA